UCGCUCAAUUGAAUCAAGUCGUUCGUGAGCCUUCAAAGACGACAGUGUUGUUUCUAAAGUGUGUGUAAAAAGUGCGUGAAGAGAGAAUUUUACAAACUGAAAUUACAAAUUGUCAAACCAAAUAAGAACGUUUUUGAUCCAAAAUAAGAUAACACUAAUAGCAGCAAUAUGCUGCACUUUUAUGUAAAUUUUAUUGAAGACUUUGACGUAUAAAAUUUGAACGCAAAAGAUAAAAAAAGCAAAGAUAAACCCAGCUCGAUGAAUUGCUGUUAAAAAAGAAAGGGUAGAAAUUACCUUUUAACGCAUUAUUCGAAACUAAUAAGAAUAGACAGAGAGAGGAUACAACAACACCCAGCAACUUGAUUGAGCCCACCACAUACGCACGGCGGCGUCGGCAGCUGACGCAGCAGCAGCCGCAGCAGCAGCAGGCGUCAGCCAUGAAAGUGGAUACUGUUAAACUGAAGAAGGGCUCUUCGGAGUUAACUUCGGAAUGUCGCGAAUUAAUCGAUGAGUUAACCAAACGACGCACACGUGCCGAGCUUCUUGAAUUCUUGGACACGGUGCAUGUGUGGAUCUAUGGCAAGUGUGAACUAUAUCAUUGGAUCGAAAUACUCGAUCGUUUUGAUAAAAUUCUUGAGGAGGCGGCCCGUCAUGUCAAUGGCAAUGAGUUUGUGCUGCAAUGCGAUACAACAUUUCUCGAUACGGAUGUUACAUUGCUGCUGCAUGUGCUCAAUUUUACAACAUUGCUGAUUGAGCAUUCAUUUUCGCGGCAUUUGUACAAUUCAAUUGAGCAUUUGACGCAGUUGCUCUCAUCACAAAACAUGGACAUUGUUUUGGCCGUCCUCAAUUUGCUUUACAUGUUUUCCAAGCGCAGCAAUUUCAUACCACGCUUGCCAUUUGAAAAAAAGGAAUUGCUAAUCGUUAAACUCUUUAACAUAGCCGAGCGCUGGGGCGAUCCAAAUUAUGGACUUUCGCUUAAGGAUUGCUGCAUUGGUGAACCCAAACUGGAGUUCCUCUAUCAGCUGUGCAUUGACUAUGUCGAUGAGCAUGGACAUGCUGCACAGCUGGAAAUACCAGAUAUGAUGGAUCUAUGUCAUACAGCGGCUGCGCCAGAGGUUAUCAAAACCAUUGCCGGACAGAUCUCAAAGCCCAGUGAGGCCAUUAAGAUGCGUAUUGCGCAUCGCGUGCGUCUUAUCUCUGGCUUCAACAAUUACAAGCUGCGUCUGCAGUUCGUGCAGGCUCGUCUGCAGGCUGUAUCGAUAUUGAUAUAUUCCAAUGCACUGCAGGAUAACACAGAUAAGGUGCUUUAUGCCGGCUUCGGUGAGGAGCUGUGCGAGCUUAUUGAUAAGGAGGAUGUGCAUCUGGUGGAGAUACGUGCCGCUGUGCUACGCACACUCACAUCCAUGCUGCACUUUGAUCGAAAUCCCAGUGUGCCCAGAGCUGGAUCCCGUUUGAUGAAGAUUGUACACUACACAGGCGCAGAGCGUCAGGGCGGUACAUUGCCAUUAUUGGUGCGCGAUUGCAUUGAUAAUUUAACGACACACGGCUUAACGGAGCGUUAUCCAUUGAUAUUGGCUACCUCGUUAUUCUCACUGCUUUAUCAUUUGGCCAGCUAUGAACUGGGCGGCUCAGCGUUGGUCAAAAGCGGAAUGAUGCAGUCACUUUUACGGGUUAUCAGCUGGCCUGGAGUUGAUUUGGAGCACAUAACGUUUGUGACACGUGCCGUACGCGUUAUUGAUUUGAUUACCAACAUUGACAUUGCUCGAUUCCAUCAGAAUAAUGGACUCAAUGUCUUUAUCGAUCGCCUCGAGAAGGAGAUCAAGAGUUGUUGCCGUGCUUUGGCUGAAAUUGGCAUAACUCUUAAGGAAUCAACGCUGCGCGAUGAGCACAGCUUGACAGAUAAACUAGACAGUUCCCUGGAGCAGGCAGAUGAUGAUGAUGCUGCCACAGAGAAUGCUUCAGUGGCCAGCGGAAGUGCAUCACCACGUCGCGAUAAUUCAAGUAGUGAUGGCGGCGGCAGUGCCAGUGAUCAUGCCCAGCGUGCCUAUCAUGUCUUCAUGGAGCAUAGUGGCGGUGAUUCGCAUCGUGGCGGCAGCUCAAGUGCAGCAGCUGCUGCUGCAGCUGCCGCCGCUGGUUGGCUGGAUAUUGGAGCUCGCGGAUCGGGAAUGCAUGCGUUGAGCAGUCUGGCAGCAGCUGCCAGUAGCAGCAGUGAUGCAACAGGAGGAGGAGCCCCACGUGAUCGUCCAAUACAAUAUCCAGCGAAUAGUUACUAUGCACGUCCAUUGGCUGAACGUAAAGCGGAGCUAUCGUCCCAGCUGCCAAGCAGUUUGCAGCCAAAGAAGCCAUCGUGUGUGACACAGCGUGCGGCAUUAUUGAAAUCCAUGUUAAACUUCCUCAAGAAGAGCAUACAGGAUCAUGCGCAUUUCAGCAAUAUGCGUAACAUUAUGGAAACUAGUUUAACACAAUCGUUGCGUCAUAUUAUUGCAAAUGCCGAAUAUUAUGGUCCAUCAUUGUUUCUACUGGCGACAGAUGUGGUCACCGUUUAUGUGUUCAAUGAGCCAUCGUUGUUGUCAUCGCUGCAGGAUUUGGGCAUUACCAGUGUUAUGCUCAAGGCCCUGCUACAGAAGGAUGUGCCAGCGACACGUGAAGUGCUUGGCUCAUUGCCGAAUGUCUUUUCCGCAUUGUGUCUAAAUGAGCGUGGUCUCUUUGAGUUUCUAUCGUAUGAUCCAUUCGAUAAGGUAUUGAAGGUGUUACUCUCACCGGACUAUUUGGUUGCCAUGCGUCGUCGUCGCAGCUCGGAUCCAUUGGGCGAUACAGCCACCAAUUUGGGCAAUGCCAUGGAUGAUUUGAUCAAACAUCAUCCAUAUUUGCGUGCCGAUGCAACCGAAGCCAUUGUGCGUCUACUCAAUGAGCUGGUGCGACUGGGCUCCGAUCCGAGUUUCAUUUGUUGGCGUGCCAAUAAGGAUAACAGUGUGGCAAAUGCCACAAAUAGUGUUGCACCAUCAACGCCCUCACCAUCGGCAAUGGUUAUGGUUGCUGCUGGUCCUGUGCUGCAAAGUGCAGCUGAUAAUAAUGAUAGCAGCGGCGAUGAUGAUGACGAUGAUGAUGAAAUGAGCUCGGCAUCGCAACAACAGCAACAACAGACACAAGCAACGCGUGCAACACAACAACAAUUGCCACAAGGAAAUCGUCAACAGCAGCAACAACAACAAACACAACAGCCAGAACGUGAGGCAAUUCCUCUAAUUGAUUAUAUACUUAAUGUCAUGAAGUUCAUUGAGGCAAUCUUUAGCAAUAGCCCAAAUGGCGAUCAUUGUCGUGAGUUUGUACAAAAGGAUGGUUUAACGCCCAUCUUGCAGUUGCUCUCAUUGCCCAAUUUACCCGUGGAUUCACCAGUGUCUACCACAUCCCAAGCGGUGGCGAAUGUCUGCAAGGCAAUCUUAAGUCAAGCGCAGGAGACAAAAGUUCUUGAUGUGGCAUUGAAACAAUUGGCAGACAUUGUAUCACAAUUGAAGCCAUUAAUUAAACAUUUUACAUUUCCCGGCGGAAGUGUGUUGCUCGCUGAACUCGUCUGUUGUCAACGAUUGGAGGAUGGAUUUGCCAAUGCUGAAUAUACACCGAUAUUGCAUAAUAUGAGCUUUGUUCAUGGCUAUGUUGUGAUGUUGGUACAUCUCUGUCGCAAUGCCUCCACGGAGAUGCGCACUGUGCUGCUCAAGCGUUGGGGCGCCAAUCGUGAGACGGGCGUACAACUGUUGCAACAACUGGUUCAGCUAUAUAUAUCAUUGGUUUGGGAGAGUACCAUUUUGUUGAAUCUAUGCUCGGAUGAGCCGACACAACAUCCGGAUCUCAUUUGGGAUGAGAUCGCUGCACAAAUGUCGGCAGCAGCCGGCACAGCGGAUCCAAUGACUGAAGCAGAACUCUCACGCAAAUUGGAGCGUGCUGCAGAAUUUCGCACGAAAUAUACACCCGAGGAGCAGUUUCGUUAUAUUAAAUCUCUGCUGGCGGCAAGUUCACGUCUAGGACGUGCACUGGCUGAAUUGUUGGGGACACUGGUGAAGCUAUCGGUGGGUUCACCACAAACACGUCAACGCCGCAUCAACGACUUGAUUAGCAACAUUAAUAAAGUUCCUACUCCGGAGGCAAGAGAAAUUGCCCGCAUACUCAGCUCAAUACUUGUGAAUGGAUUCAGUCAUGAGAGCAUCUUACCCAAACCAGUUCCCAAACUGAAGCUAACAUUUCUCAUUUGCUCCGUGGGAUUCACUGGACCAAUGCUCUUUGAUGAUAAACGAAGUGCAUUCCAUCUAAUGAUCUCACAAUUUUGUGCUGAAAAUGGACUUAAGGCAUUCUUUGAGAUGUUCUAUUGGGCACUGUCAUUGGACAAUGUAUCGCAAAAGUUUGUGUUUGAUCAAUGGGCACCAAUGGAUGAUUUAAUGCAAUCCCAUGAUGAUGAUAAACGUGAUUGUCCCGAGGGCACUGGCGAAUUCUUGGAUGCCUGGCUGCAGCUGCUUGAGAAGAUGGUUAAUCCGCGUGCAAUGCUUGAGUCGCCAUAUACGAUGAGUCCCCGCUUAAAUAAUGUACCAUUUGAGCCGGUUUUCUAUCUGAUUCACAUUCAUCAGCUGGCAAUGCAGGCGCUGCGUCGGAUUUGGUGUCGUCGUCCCAUUCCCAACUAUGGUGCGAGCAUGUUUGAAACAAUUAUAUUGAUACUCAAGCAUCUGAUCAAGUCACACCAGAUGCUGCUCGAUCGCUACAAUACGCGCAUGAAGGAGAUCAAAUUUGAGAAUCUUUACAUACGCAGCACCGACGAUGGUCUCAAUGCGGAUCACAUUCGGACAUUGACGGAUAUGGGCUUUAGGCAUUAUCACAUCAUUGAAGCCUUGCGCAGCAAUGCCUCGCUGGAGGAGGCAACCGAUUAUCUGCUCAACAAUCCCGAAGCCAGUGCAUUAUCCAACUCCGGGCUGUCUGGCCAGGCACCGUCUGGUGGUAAUACAAAUGCUGGCACAGGAACUGGAACUGGUUCCACACAAAGUUUAUCUCAAGGCAGCUUUGCAUCGAAUGCUGCCGUUGCCGGUGACAUGGAUAUUGAUAUGGAGUUGCCAAGUGCUGGUGCAUCCAGCAUGACAACGGAUGCCACCGAUACUGGCACGCCCAGUGUAGGCAGUGGCGCCUCCAAGCAGCCACUGCCACCGGCAGCUGCUGCUGCUGGUGCUGGUGCUGCAACGAGUGCUUAUGAUUACAGGCAAUUGAAAUUGAUGCCCCCAUUGAUAUUUGAUAGAUUUUGCGAUGAGGCCGUCUCGCGUGCCUUUGAAUUCAUGGAGGCAAUCCCAGAUACAGUUAAUAGCGCUGCCGAUCUCAUAGCCGUGCUAUACAGGCGCCUUAACCACUUGAAUCGUCAGGUGUUUGUCACCAAUUUUGUGCGUAACAUUAUACAGUGGGUGGACUUUACGCUGCAGCUCUUUGAGCCGGCAGCAGGAGCAUCAGGUGCAUCCACAUCCACAGCCGGAGGAGCAACUGCAUCAUCAGGCGCACCCAAGACGGCACCCAAAGCUGGUCGACUGGAGGAAUGCUUGACCGGCAUGACAGCGACCCGUUUAUUUGUGCGCCUCAAGACAUCCACAUUGUUGCUGGAGGAGAACUACAGUGAUUUGCAUCGUCCACUUGUGGAAGCCAUCACAGCACAGGAUGCGAUGGUGUCGCUAGUAAAACUACUCGAUUGCAUGAGUCAGUGGAUGUUGGAGCAGGCACAAUUGGAGGCCCAAACACGCUCCACAGUGCCGCGUUGGGUGCAAAAUCUGGUGGAUCUUAUUGAUGCCAUCGAUAGCAUCAGUCAUAUACUGCAGCGCAAGGCAAAUAUGCGUGCCGUCAGCAGUGAUAUGUGGCGUUGGUACGACGCCUCCACGGGCAAAUGGAAUGCCUAUUCCGAGGCCAAUAAUGAGCUCAUCCGUAAUGCUUAUGCCGCUGGAGAGCGUUGGCUUCACAUCAACAUUGGACGACAACGUUGCACGGUCAGUUUCAAUUGCAUGACGCAGGUGAGCGAGGCAAGUGGCAGCCAUCGUCCCGUGUAUCCGGCUCUGAAGAUCUGUGAGGCCAUCAGCCAAUUGCAAAAUCCAAUAGCACCACAUAAAACUGAUAAUCUAUUGAAUCGUGUGGUGCGCACCGCACCCGAUGGCAAUGGCACCACAAAUACCGAUGAGUUGGUGCCGCUGCGGCAAUUGAUUAACUUCAAUGAGCCUGCCGUGCCACAAACAGAGUCAACACCAACUCAGCAGCAGCAACAGCAGCAGCAACAACAACAACAGUCUGAGGAGACCACCAUGGAUGAUGCAAACAAUUCUCCACCGCCAGCGAUGACCACGCGCAGUAAAUCGCGUCAGAAAAGCGCUGCAGCUGCGGCCAAAGCAAAGGCAGCAGCGGCUGCAGCUGCCACAACCAGCAGCAACAGCAGCAGCAGCACCGGUGGCAGCAACACCAUACCAAGCAUACCCAAACGCACGCAGAAGAUUGUGCUUAAUGAGGAGAAUGUGGGAUUGAGUAAAUUUGAUUGUGGCCGCAUUAUUGGCAGCAUUGUGGCACUGUUGCAACCAUCGCAGCUGUUGCAUCACGAGACCAAGUUGUCGUUGUUGCGUCUGUGCGCCCGAUUGACGCGCAACUAUGAGAACGCCCAGGUCUUUAUACGUUGCGGCGGUGUUCGCAUGUUGUUGCAAUUGCAACAAUCGUGCAGCUUUAUGGGAUUCCCCACCUAUGCCAUCAUCAUAUUGCGUCAUGUGCUGGAGGCGCCACCAGUUUUACAGGAGGCCAUGGAACGUGUGCUGGGCAUGCGUGCCGCUGGCAUUGUCCCAGUUGGACAUCGUGAUCUCAUCUAUGUGCUCACCCAAGUCUCUACAGCCGUCUCGCGUGAUCCACAGAUCUUUGUGGCCGCCGCCAAGGAGAUGCUCAAGGGCGAGUAUAUGAUCAAUGCGAAUAGCAAUAAUUUAUGUGACGAUGGUCGUGUCAUGGUCAAAUCCAAGUUUGGACAACAACCAACAGCGGCUGCAGCUGCCACUGCCACUGCCACCACCACCACGUCGUCUGCCACAACAUCGACUGCAACGUCUAGUGGCACAGCCAAGGAGCAGCCAUCGCUCAAGGAGGACGUAAAAGAUGAUCCCUUGGUGCAAUCAUCGGUGGCUGUGCUGAAGGAACUGCUGUUGGCACUGGUGCAACCAUGUUGUCAUUAUGGCGGCAAUGUGGCGGAUCAGCCACCAAAUGCCGCAGAGCUGUUGCAACCGGAUCAACCGCCAGGUGCCACUGGCUCCAUGGGCAAUCUGGACGAUGAGGACUCUUCGCCCGCCGUGAAGAAACCAAGUGGCAAUGCAACGACUCUGGGAGGUGCUGGCACAGCUGGCAACGCUGCCACGGACAAGUAUGAGCCAUGCUGUUGCACGUGGCACAUACCGACGAGUGCGCACAGUCACGCCAAGCCGACGUUGUCACGUGCCACACUCCUCAAGCUGCUGGCGGACGCAACACGCGCCUAUCAAUCGCUUGUGCCACGUGUCCUGCUCUCCCAUGUCUAUAUGCCAGCGGAUAGUCCAUUGAUUGGCAACGGCAACGGCAACAGCAACCACAACAAUAACAACAACAAUGGGGGACAACAAACAUUUCUGGCUGUGCUCCUGGAUCGCUUCCUGCCGCUUACGCAACGUCAGCAUGUGCCCGAGGUGAGCACAAUGGCGAGAGUGUUGCUUUGCUCGCUCUCGGAUUGUUAUCAGCAGGCGGGUGUGCAGCAACAGGUUGCCGAGGAGUUGCAUGCCGCGGUUGCACGUGCCUUGGCCCAACCGGACUCGGCGGAGAAGCACACACGUCUUCAGGUGCUGAUGAGCCUGUUUCCCAAUUUGAUUGAGUCGCCCAUGUUGUAUGACAAGGUGCACAUGCAUCGCAACACAAUGUACCGUGUCCUGUUGCGUCAAGGUGUCAUGACCUAUCUGACCAAGGUGGCCCAAUACAAGGAUCUAUCCAAUCACAAUACGUUAAGUACUCUGGGCGCCAUUCUGCGUCCCAUGGAGAUCUUGUUGCGCUUCAAUGUGGCAACCACAACAUUGGGAUCAAAGCGGAUUCUCUUUGGUGGCGCCAGCUCUGGCGCAAAUGGUGGCAAUAAUGGGAAUAGCAAUGCCAAUGGACUUGGUGGUGCCAACACCGUCAGUGCCAUCAUCAAUCGUCGUCUCUAUCCACGUCUGGCCGCACGAUCCGCCGUCAGCGCUGCGGUGGAUCGCUCCAAUGCCAUUGGUGGCGAGCAUGUGCUGCGAGAUAUCAUCCGGAAUGUGCUGUCGGAUCGUCGUCAUGCCUUUGAGUUUAUCUUUAAUUCGGAUGAGAUGGCCGUCGAUUCGGAGGACUCUGCACCACCGGCAGCAUCGGGUGCCAAUGUGGCUUCGAGCGGUGGUGCUGCUCCUGGCAUCAUUGGCAGCAACAAUGCAGCGGUCAUCGAUGUUGUCGAUGAGCGCAGCAAUGGCACUGAGGCAGCUGAGCCCCCGGCACCCCAAGUGUCAGGCAGUGCCAGUGGUGGCAGCGGAGGCAGCGGUGGUGCCGGUGGUGGUGGUGCUGGUGGCACCACCAGUGGCGGCAGCUCCUCCUCGGUGCGUCCAGUGCUUAACUUUGAUCAGCUCUGGGAUGAUUUUCUGCAAUGUGAAGGUCUCUUUUUGGCAUCGCGCAGCAACAGCAGCGGUGGUGCUGGAGGUGGUGCCGGUGCUGGUGGCAAUGCUGGCGGUGCAAGUGGUGCCGCAGCUGCACAACAGAAUGGCAGCAAUGCAGGUGGUGCCGUUGGUGGUGCCACAAACACCACAGCGGGCAACUCGGGCGCUGGCAACAUUGGUGAUCCACGUUUACGCAGCAAUUCCGAUGUGGAUGUCGGUGGUGCUGGUGGCAAUGCCUCCAGCAGUGCUGUCAAUGACAAUGGCUUGAGUACUGGCAGCGGUGGAGGCAGAGGUGGCGGUGGUGGCAGUGAUGGUGCAUCCACAUCAUCCGAUACAGCUGGCGGUGGCAAUGGUGGUGGCAGUGGCGGACGUGGUGGUGCACGCAGUGCUCGGGAAAUGAAUGCCUCACUGCUAGGUGAUGUGAGUACAAGUGAUUCGGACUCAGAGGCAUCCACCGAUGAACGCAAUGCGGAGGAGGAGGAUGACGAUGAUGAUGAUGAGGCCGCCGAUGAGGAUGUGGAUGAGCACAGUGAGACGGAUGUCGAUGAGGAGCGUCCACGACAAUUUAUUGAGGUCUUUGAUCACAUCUAUGAACCGGAAUCCUCGGAGACGGCUUCUAACGAUGCGGAUGUGGAUGCCGAAGAUGAUGAUGAGGAUGAUGACGACGAUGAGGAUGAUGACGAUGAUGUCGAUGACGUGGAAGCAAAUGCACAAAAUGUCUCGGAUGUGACAUUGAUUGAUCAAGUGCUUGCCCAGGUGAAUGGUGCCGGUUCCGGUUCCACAUCCUCGGCAGCUGCCUCAUCCAACAAUCGUCCACGUCGCAGCGCCGCCAUCGAACCAAAUGGUGGCCUCGGUGGCAGCAACAGCGAUAAUCGCAGCCUGGAGGAUGCCACACGUGAAGCGAAUGCUUAUCUAUAUGAACGCCUUGGUGGAGAUGGACAUGGACAUGGUCAUGUCAUGCCACAAUCGUCGUCUAGUUUCCGGGUGCGCAUGAACAGUUCUAUUGCGCUGCCGCUGGACAUUGAUGUGAAUGGAGGCGCCUCCUCCUCGUCUGCUGCAGCGGCUGGACCUGGAGGACGCAACAGUUCGAGUGCCAAUUCCGUGGCUGCCGCAUUGCGUUCCUCAUCCGAAUCUUGGAUGGCGCCCGACUUUAAUUUUAUCGGCAGCGGCGGCAGUGCCGGUGGCAACGCCUCCGAUGUCAAUGUGAAUGCUUUUCUGCCCCCCGCCAUCAUCCAAAUGGAACGCAAUGCGGGCGGCGGCGGUGGAGGAAGUGGCAACAAUCAGAAUAUGAGCAAUUUGCUCGAUGAACUGCCGCCGGCAUCGGCAGCAGCACACAAUGCGGUGAAUGCUGCUGCCGCUGCGGCAGCCGCCGCAAAUGGCAGUGGUGCUGGCGGUGGUGCAGGCGGUGGUGUUGCUGCCACAUCAGCUGGCAGUCAUCAAAACAAUACCGGAACCCUUUGCACCAACGGAGUGCGUCGGCGACUUCUCUAUCUCGAUCAACAGUACUGCGUCUGCAUGCCAACACAUCAGAAUCCCACGGAAGAGACACAAAUGGAGAUAUUCACACAGGAUGCGCUGCAUUGGUGGCUGGAGGAGGCGAAGGCCUUGGACAUGGAAAGCCAGACCGAUGCAUGCCUCUAUGCGGCACAUUUCCUGCUGCCACAUCUGAUCAAAGAGUUGAAGGCAACUCAUCAGCAGCGCAAGCAGGAGGAGGCCAAUCGACAGGCGACAGCUGCCGCAGCAGCUGCAACAGCCGCUGCAUCGAAUGCGGCAACAACAACCACAACAACAACAUCAGCACCUGCAACUGCAACAAGUGGCAGUGGUGGUGCUGUUGUAGUUGCACCACUUCCAGCCAGUUCCCUUGGUGGCAAUGCCAAUUCGAAUGCCACAACCACAAGCAACAACAGCAACAACAGCAGCAGCAGCAACAGUGGCAACAACACCUCAAUUGCUGCUGCACCACCGACAACCACACCAGCAGUUGUUCCUAUGCAGACAACAACAGCACCAACAGCAACCAACAAUUUCCGCAGUUCCAUACCGAGACUGAUACCCUCGAUGCAAUUCGUGAAUGCCGCAUCAUUGGCAUCCGUUGCAUCGGAAACAGAACCAUCUGCAUCUGCAUCAGCAUCCGCAUCCGCCAGCGACAAUGUCGUCACAGCAAGCACAAUGAUUCAUCCAACAAUGAUUGGCAGCAGCAAUAUCUAUGCCGUGCCAGCAUCAGCAACAUCUGGCAAUAGCAUAGAGUCUCUACGAGCACGUCAUCGCACGAAUGCAUCGCGUCAUCAGGCACUUUAUAAUAUUUAUGCUGAAAUUGAUUUGACCAAUGAACAGGAGACUUCUGCCGUCGGUGCUGGAGCAUCAACGGGAGUUGCCGCCGCCUUGAACGAUAUGGCACGCCCAUUGUUUCCCAGUGUCCAGGCGCCGACGCCAUCAAGCGUUACGGCUCGUCAUCCGCCUGUGCCGCAUUUGCCCUCAAGCGGACGACCACGUCCACGCCCCGAAAUGGUUGAUCUCUACGAACUGCAGGUCAACGAUCAACGUAUGCUAAAUGCCCCACGUCGCAACAACAAUGCAAAUGCGAAUUCCUCACGCACCGCAGGCGCUCUAAUAUUGAAUGCACGUAGCAAUCGGGAUUUAGCCGCCAGUUUGCAACGUCGCUCGCAGGCGAUGACAGUGCGACUUAAUCCGGGCGGUGGUGCUGAGGCAGCUGCAACAGAUGAACCUUGGCCUGAGACUCCAGUGCGUGUAUCAAGCGCCGUUAUGAAUUUCCCGCUGAUGGCGCCACUGAAUUUGGAUUUACCCGAGUCGCAACCUGAACAUGAGCAGCAGCAGCAACAACAACAACAACAGGAGAGCACAGUUGAUGCACAACCUGUGGCAGCAACUGCAAUGCCAACGGUGACAAUCACUGAGUUGGCAGCACAGCUGUUGGCCAAUGAGCAACAACAACCCGAGUCCAACGAGACGCAGAACAAUGAAGCAGCCACAACAGCUGAGAAUAACGAUAAUGCCGCAUUGGCUGCCGCUGCUGUCGCUGACAGCGCGGAAGAAGCAGCAGGAGACAGUGUGCCCGACGUUGUCGCUGUCGUUGCACCAAAUGUGGAGUUGGAGGCGGCAGAAGAGUCGCUGGAAGUGACAGCUGAGCGUGAGCGUGAGUCCGAGGCAGAUGAAAUUUCAGUAGGAGCUGCCAAUGUUGCUGAGCCAACAGACGAGGUAGCCAGAACAGUUGCAACUGAUCCUGGAGCAACUGCAGCAGCAGAUGCCACUGGAGGAGGAGCAGCAGGUGCAGCUGGCGGUGCUGCUGCCACUGCAGCUGUUGUCACCGAUAUGAGCCCCGAGGUGCGUGCCGCGUUGGGUGAUCUGGAGGUGCCCGAAGGUGUGGAUCCAUCAUUUUUGGCCGCGCUACCCAGCGAGAUGCGCGAGGAAGUCAUUCAGGAGCAUUUGCGCAUGCAGCGGAUACGUCAGCGUGCCCAACAGAAUGCCAUACAAAUUGCACACGAUUCGCUGGUCGAAGUAAAUCCAGAAUUUCUCGCAGCACUACCACCGAACAUACAAUCCGAGGUCCUGAUGCAACAACGCAUCGAACAGCAGCGUCAGGCGGCGCAGAGCGCAAAUCCCGAUGAUCCCGUCGAUACGGCUGCGUUCUUUCAAAAUCUGCCCGAGAAUCUGCGUCAAGCGAUCCUAACGGACAUGGAGGACUCACAGAUAGCCAGUUUGCCGCCGGAACUGGCUGCGGAGGCGCAAUUCCUGCGACGCGAUUGGGAAUCCCGCAAUGGCACACGCAUGGACGCACAUCCGCCGAGAGAUGCGCUGUCUCGCUUCCAGACAACGCUACAGAAUCUCGAUGAGGCACGUUGGCACAGCGCCAUCUGGUAUGAUGCCAGUGGGAAUGCACAACCGCAACAUCAUCAGCAUACGACCAUAGUGCAUCAUCAUCAUAUUGCGCCGACACCUGGAAAGCCAUUGGCUCUGCUCAUGAUGGAGGAUGAGAAUAUAUUAUUGGAUCCGGAUUCUUUGGCCACACUCUUGCUCUUCCUCUUUGUAGAGGAUCAAAAGGUGAACAGCGUACGUUUGCAUCGUGUGAUAAGGAAUCUAUGUCAUCAUGAGCCGACACGUGAUUGGAUAAUCAAGGCAUUGAUAAGCAUUAUACAGAAAACCAACGAGGAUAAUUCCAACUUUGGUGCUGCCAAUACGGGCAGUAAACCGGAAUGGCUGAAACUCCGUGUGGAUGCUGCAUUUGGUUAUAAGAGUAACAUCUUUUUGAUAAAUCGCUUGUAUGAGGGCAGUGCACGGAGUAUUAGCAUUAAUCCUCAAGCAGCACAGAUGAUUGUUCGGAAUUGUUUGGAUCUACUCUUUGUGCUUGCCAAGCAUUAUCCGUUUAGCUUUUUGCCCUACAAUCGGGAGCCAAAAUCAAGGACACGUCUGCUGAGCUCCGUCUUUAAUAUGCAUAAUGCGUCACGACUGGAUGAUGCUGCUUCAUCUGUUGCAGCGGCCGCAGGUGGAGGAGGCGUAGGAGGUGGUGCAGCAUCUGGUGAUUUGCGUUCACGAUAUCAUCGCUAUCAAAUUGCGAAUCGUUUGCGUGGCUUUUUGGAUGAUCAUCAGUUCCAGCAGCAUUUGCAGCAGCAGCAGCAGCAACAGCAGCCAAAGACGCAGUUGCUCAAAACGUUGCCACUGGAUGAGGCGCCAUCCACGUCGAAAGCAGCUGCCGCCAAAGCAGCCGCCAGUGCAACCAAGCAACCAAAUAAUAACAAUAAGGUGGUUGCGUAUCAAACAAACGCACAAAACUUUUGGGAUGUGGUGCUUAACAUUGACAGACAGACGCCUCUCCGCAUGGCUAAUGUCUCGCAAUUCCCGCUGACAUCGCAACCCGCCUGGAAGUGGCAAACGAACAGCAGUGAAUUUUUAUCAUUCAGCGAUUCACCAUUUGGUCAAUUGCUCGAGAUGUUGCCCUAUAAGGUUAUCUGUCGUUCGCCGCAUUUAACCGAUAUGCUGGUCAAGUUGCUGGCCUCGCUGAGCGUUGAUCUCCCCAAGGAGGAGGAGACGCAGCCACAAUUGCCAGCACCACCACAGCUCCAACCGCGACCACAACCGCAAGCACAGCCUCAACAACAGCAACAACAGCAGCAACAGCAACAACAGCAGCAGCAGCAAUCACAGGAGGAGCCGCCAGUGCUGCCUCCCUUAGUGCCCAUCAAUCAAUUUCCAGCUACAGAUCCCUUGGCUAUGCCUGCGGACAAUCCACUUGCCACAACUACGACUGAGGCGCCACAGCAAAUGGAUCAACAGCUGACGCUCGAUGAUGAGGACGAGCAUGAUGAUGACGACGACGAAGAUGAGGAGGACGAUGACGAUGAGGACGACGAAGAUGAUGAUGAUGAUGAGCUAGCAUCAUUGAGAGCGGCACCGCCACCACCACCACCACCGCCGCCACCACCAUUGUCCAAUAAACCCCGUCGCAAAAUCUAUGCCAAGAAUUUCUCGCAGUUGCAACUGGUGAUUGAGGUGCUGACACAUCAAUGUGGCACCACCGAGGGCCUGGAUAAUGUGACCAAGCUGAUUGUCAAUCUCACACAAUGCUCGCAGGCCUCCAAUGCCAUCUUUAUACAAUACUUGACGGCAGCCAUACUUGGCCUGGCCGAGGAAGUGCGUCAGGCGAUUCAAACGUUGCUCAAUGAGAUUAGAUCUUACAAUAUGCUUGGCCAGCAACCACUUCAACAACCACAACCACAACCGCAACAACAACCACAACCAAGUGGAAGCAGCGGCGGUGCCGCAUUGUUGUCCAAUUUAACCGUCCAUGAGGGCACGAUGCAGGAUCGUUUCACAUCCGAAUCGGUCAUCAUAUCAGCCCCAAAGAAUGCCAAGCCCACCUGUGAGCUGCAAUUGCCUUCGAUGAAGAAACUCAUGUCCAAUUCAUCCGCUCAGCCAUAUUUCCUGCGCACACUCAAGAUCUUUAUGCAGGUGCGUGAUAUUUACGAGUUCCAAAAUAGUCACAACGAUGAUAGCAACGAGGAUAUCAUUGAUAUUGUUGGCGAUGCACCCGCAUCGGCAUCUGCAUCGGCAUCUGCAUCCGCAUCAGCAUCGGCUAGCGGUGGCAGCAUGGAAACUAGCGAAGCAUCAAAUAGCACCAACAGCAAUAGCAACAGUGGCAGCAACAGCAAUAGCAACAGUGGCACCACCAAUAAUAAAUGUACGAAACCGACUCUAAGUCAAAUACUUUGCCUCGAUGUCUUGUGGCACACGUUGAGCGAGUGCCUGGUCGCCUUGGAGGAGUCCAAGGAUGAGUUUGCAGUGCUGGUCCUGCAACCGACUGUUGAGGCAUUCUUUCUCAUUCAUGCCUCGCAUCGUGUAAUGCCGAAAAAACCAGGUCGUGGUGCCACCGGAAGUGCCUCAAAUGCUGGACUGCGCGUCGUGCCACAACCCGUGUCCACCGAACACAGUCCACAGCUGGAUGACACCAACAGCAGCAAUAGCAGCAGUCAAGCCCACAAUUCCGCCAGCUUUGAAGAUGAAUCCCGCAUGCAGGAUGCCUCCACAAGCACAGCGAGUGCUGGUCCACAGUUGACGCUGACGGCGCACGAAGCACAACUCAAACAAGAUCGUCAAAAGUUCCUGCAAUUUGCGGAAAAGCAUCGCACGGUUCUCAAUCAAAUCCUACGCCAAUCUGCCACACAUCUCUCCGAUGGGCCAUUCGCCGUGCUCGUGGAUCAUACACGCAUUCUAGACUUUGACGUGAAGCGUAAAUAUUUCCAAACCGAAUUGGAGCGAUUGGACGAGGGCAUUAGACGGGAGGAGCAUACUGUGAGUGUGCGUCGCGUCACCGUCUUUGAGGAUUCGUUCCGUGUGCUCUAUCGUCUUGGUCCUGAGGAAUGGAAGAAUCGCUUCUACAUUGUUUUUGAGGAUGAGGAAGGCCAAGAUGCCGGCGGCUUGCUCCGCGAAUGGUAUGUGAUAAUCUCGCGGGAAAUCUUUAAUCCUAUGUAUGCAUUGUUCUGCGUAUCGCCGGGCGAUCGCGUCACCUACAUGAUCAAUCCAUCGAGCCAUGCCAAUCCCAAUCAUUUGAGCUACUUUAAGUUUGUCGGUCGUGUUAUAGCCAAGGCCGUGCAUGAUAAUAAGCUGCUGGAAUGCUAUUUCACACGCUCAUUCUAUAAGCACAUAUUGGGCAAACAGGUGAAGCAUACGGAUAUGGAAUCACAGGAUUACGAGUUCUAUAAGGGAUUGGACUAUCUGAUGAAGAAUGAUAUAUCAACGCUGGGCUAUGAGUUAACCUUCUCCACGGAGGUGCAAGAGUUUGGCGUCACACAAAUCCGUGAUCUCAAGCCAAAUGGACGCGACAUUGCCGUCAACGAGGAGAAUAAAUUUGAAUAUGUGCAACUCGUUUGCCAGCUAAAGAUGAGCGGCUCCAUACGACAGCAAUUGGACGCAUUCCUUGAGGGCUUCUAUGACAUUAUUCCAAAGCAUUUAAUAUCAAUAUUUAACGAGCAGGAACUAGAGCUUCUCAUAUCCGGCUUGCCAGAUAUUGACAUUGAAGAUCUAAAGGCAAAUACCGAAUACCAUAAGUACACAUCCAAAUCGGCACAGAUUCAAUGGUUCUGGCGCGCCUUGCGCAGCUUCGAUCAGGCGGAUCGUGCUAAAUUCCUACAAUUUGUCACGGGCACAUCGAAGGUGCCUUUGCAGGGCUUUGGUUCGCUAGAGGGCAUGAAUGGCAUACAGAAGUUCCAAAUACAUCGCGACGAUCGUUCUACAGAUCGUUUGCCUUGCGCACACACCUGCUUCAAUCAACUGGAUCUGCCCAUGUACAAGUCGUAUGAUAAGCUGCGCAGCUGUUUGCUCAAGGCUAUACACGAGUGCUCAGAAGGAUUUGGCUUUGCCUAAGCUAUUAUUAUAAUAAUUACAACAACAAACAAUAACAACAAUUACACACAUGUACACAGAAACAACACAUACACACACACACACACACACACAGAAACACACAUACAGAAACACAUUCAACAAUUCCUAAAUAACAUAAAUAAACUCUGCGACGAAAAUUAUUUAGAACAGCCACUGAAAAUGUGCGAUAGCAACAACAGCGACAACAUAUACAGUACAUAUAGUUAUAUAGUAUAUAUAAAAAAUGUUGAAUUAAUUAUUAAUUUUCGCGCGUAUAUUAUAUACAAUAUAUAUACAUACAUACAUACAUAUAUAUAUAUAUUAAUACAUAUAUAUAUUUUCUUAAAUUUUCAAAAGAGAACGGGAAAGGAAAAAAACUAAGAAGCAAAAACAUGGUAAAACACUAAAAAAAGAAAAACAUUUAAAAAAAAUACAGUCAUAUUGAACGAAGUAUAUCAGUCAACAAUAACGUAUUCGAAAGCUGUUUAUGAUUUUUUUAUAUUUAAUAUAUUUUUUUGCAUCCCUAAUUUUAAAUGAUAAAAAAUACAGCACUAAACGAAACAUAAUGAUUAAAUGUUUAUUUUCCUAAGUCUAGUAAAAAAAAUAAAAUAGAAAACUAAAACUAAAUAAAAACUUUGAUAUGUGUGGAACAAAGCAAAUGCAUAAAGUGCACAUAACGCUUUGAUUCUUGUUUAUAUAUAAAAAUAAAAUAAAAUGCACGAAAAAAGUAUGAAGAAAAGCAAAGGUAUUUGACGUAACUAUAAGUCUAUGUUAUGCAUUUUAUGUUUAUCUUUUUAAUGAGUAAAUGUAACUUUAAUGGAUGAAACGAAGAAGCGAGAGAGAGAUGAGUAAACUCAUUGACUAUAUAUAAAUAAACUUCAAAGAGCAUCAAACUA